UUCUUUUUUUUUUUGAAUUAAUAUUUUCCAAUUGAAAGUACUCUAGCUAUACAGAUUCAUUCUUUUAGCUGAUGAACAUGGCUGCGGAGAGCAUAGAGAUGGAGAAGGAGCGGCUGACGGCGGAGAUGGAUUUCAAAGACUCUUCCUCCGUCGUCAUCCGCAUCCGCCGCCGCCUGCCAGACUUUCUUCAGUCGGUGAAGCUCAAGUACGUCAGGCUCGGGUACGGGUACUCCUCCAACUACCCUGGUGCUGCCGCCGCCCUGCAGGCGGCGGCAGUCACGGUGGCGGCGUUCUUUGCCGUGACUCUCGUCCGGCUCGCCGCCCAGAGGCUCUACCGGUUCUCUGAGAUGUACGCUGGCUCGAAUCCGGGCCUGGUCGUGGACAGCACGACCGGGGUCACCGGGUUGUCGGUCCUGGUCAUUGGUCUGGGCCUUUAUUGGGUCAAGCGGCCCAGACCGGUGUACAUGGUCGACUUCGCUUGUUACAAGCCGGAGGAGGAGAGCAAGAUAUCAGUGGACGGGUUCAUGAAGAUGACGGAGCAAAACGGUUCGUUUUCCGACGACACCGUGUCGUUCCAGAAGAAAAUUUCUCACAGGUCCGGUCUCGGGGACGAGACCUACCUCCCUUCCGGCAUCACCGCCUCCCCGCCCAACCUGUGCAUUAAGGAGGCACGGGCUGAGGCGGAGGCGGUGAUGUUCGGGGCUCUCGACUCCCUGUUCCAGAAAACCGGAAUCAAACCGGAGGAGAUCGGGAUUCUGAUAGUGAACUGCAGCCUUUUCAACCCGACGCCGUCGCUCUCCUCGAUGAUCGUGAACCACUACAAGCUCCGGCAAGACGUGAACAGCUACAACCUCGGCGGCAUGGGGUGCUCCGCCGGGCUGAUAUCCGUCGACCUGGCGAAGCACCUCCUGAAGGCGAACCCGAACACGUAUGCCGUCGUCGUCAGCACGGAGAACAUCACUCUCAACUGGUACUUCGGGAACGACCGCUCCAUGCUCCUCUGCAACUGCAUCUUCCGCAUGGGCGGGGCCGCCAUGCUGCUGUCGAACAAGCGCAAGGACAAGGGGCGGUCCAAGUACGAGCUCGUGCACACCGUCCGGACCCACAAGGGCUCGGACGACAGCAGCUACAACUGCGUGUACCAGAAGGAGGACGAGCAGGGCGUCGUCGGGGUGUCUCUGGCUAGGGAGCUCAUGGCUGUGGCCGGAGACGCCCUGAAGACGAACAUAACGACCCUGGGCCCGCUCGUCCUCCCGCUGAGGGAGCAGUUCAAGUUCCUCGUGACGCUCGUGAAGCGGAAGUUCGUCACGAGGAGCAAGGUGAAGCCGUACAUACCGGACUUCAAGAGGGCGUUCGAGCACUUUUGCAUCCACGCUGGCGGAAGGGCGGUGCUCGACGCCCUCCAGAACAACCUCAGCCUGACGGAGUGGCACAUGGAGCCGUCUAGGAUGACGUUGCACCGGUUCGGGAACACCUCAAGUAGCUCGCUCUGGUACGAGCUAGCCUACACCGAGGCGAAAGGCCGGGUCGCCAAAGGCGACCGGGUCUGGCAGAUCGCGUUCGGGUCGGGCUUCAAGUGCAACAGUGCUGUCUGGAGAGCCCUCCGGGCGGUCCCGAGCUCUGCCCGUUCUUUGGAGGGUAACCCGUGGGCGGACUGCGUUCAUCGGUACCCGGUCAAGAUUGACAAAUAAUGAAUUAUGGGUAAAUAAGGUCAACGGGAGCUGGAAUAUUAUUAUAUUAAUGCCAGCUCAAAAUCCAAAUUAUUAGUGGGUGGGGCCCAGGAGAACAGAGCCAGGGGCAAUUGAGGGAAAAAGAAAUUAAUAUAUCAGCAAAAAAGUGAAUUAUUGUACGUUGGUUAUUAAUAUUAUUAUUGCUCAUAAUUGUAUUCUUUUGGGUUAAAGUCCAAAACUAAUUAGUUGCUGAUGCAAGGCUUCUUUGGUGUUAU